AAAAAAGAAAAAAUUAAACCAAAUGGAGAAAUGAUGUAUAAUGGGAAAGAGACUGAGGUUUCAAAUGGGGGUACACAGAGGGAAGGAGACUCUAUCAUGUUUCAGGGAUCUGUGAGGAGAAUGCAGCCCCUAGUAUAUACAUUGCAAAGAGGACAGACAAGGAGACUGGUCUUGGAGACGGAAUGGGUGUAGGAGACAGGCUGACCCCUAAUCCUCAGAACAAGCAGAAACAUCAAUCUGUCAGUUACACAUGUUUUAUUUCAAACUGGUUGCCAGAUUGGAAGGCUGAUGACAUCAUAGGCAUCCGCUCCUCCUGAUUGGAGGAGACACACUCCAUGGUGGCAGGCAGCUCGGUGGACAACAGCAUCUUCUUGGAGUUUUCCUCCACUCCUGACUUCUCCCUAGAUGGGGGAAGGGACGCCAGGCGUGGAUUCAGCCAGAGUCCAGGAGGAGGGCGGGAUAGAUCAGAGUCCGGGAUUUGUGGAAAGGGGAAUACAGAACCAAGGGUGGAAGCCAGGUCCCAGCCUCCAUCCAGCAGCCCAAAGCGGAAGAGGGACUUGUCAUCGGAUUCUGAGGAUGACCUGGCAGAGCUACUGGAACCGGAUCCCCAGCCGGUGUGGUCAGUGGAGACACUGUGCGGGCUCAGGAUGAGGCUGAAGAGGCGACGUGUGUCUACAGUGCGUCCUGAACACCACAAGGUCUUCACCAGGCUGCUCGAGGAUCCCGUGGUGAAAAAAUUCCUGAACUGGGACAAGAUGCUGAGGGUGUCAGACAAGUAUCUCCUGUCUAUGGUCAUAGCUUAUUUCAGCCGCGCUGGGCUUUUCUCCUGGCAGUAUAGGCCAAUCCACUUCUUCCUGGCUCUGUACCUGGCCAAUGACAUGGAGGAGGACAACCAGGCCCCUAAACAAGACAUCUUUUACUUCCUCUACGGGAAGAGCUACGCCCAGCGCCCGAUGUUCCACAAACUGCGCUUCCAGUUCAUUCGCUCCAUGGGCUGGAGGAUCUGGGUGUCCCGGGAGGAGUGUGAAGAGAUCCAGGCUUACAAUCCAGAUCUCUGGGUGUGGGCACGAGAUCGCACCAACCUGACCUAGAACCCUAAAACUGUGGAGGCCUGAGGUCAUCGGCCUGAGGAAGAUCCCUGUGCCUGAGCGAGACACUCUAUGUCAACAUUGAGGGCUGCUGGGGGAAAGGAAAGAGGACUGACUACAUUCUUCGAGAAACCUAGAAGAACCCAGACUCUUCUAAAAUGAGUGGGAUGGAGUCACCACAUUGUGCUGCUGGGAGCUGGGACACUUGUAGUGGGUUCUGGGAGGGACCAUAAGAAAUCAGGAUUCCUCCAGGCUCCAUUCUUUCCAGAGGCACCAUCUAAAUGUUAUCCCGAAUGUCCUCAGUCCCCACCUCCCCAACCGUAGCAGCAGAAGGCCUGUGGUUUCCUGUAAUUGGUCUCCACCGCUCCAGCCCUUUGAAGGAGGCCCCUCAGGGCUCAGAAGUGAAGGGAACUACCUUCAAGAUAUAGUAUUUGAUUUUAUGUAAUUGUAAUAACUUUAACACAUCACAAACUUUAUUGAAAUAUUAGUAUACAUAACAAGUUAUAUUAUUAAUAAACUUUAUUAUUAUAAGUUGACUACAGAAUAAUUAGCAUAUUCAAUAUUUUAUGAUAGUUACUGUUUUGAGAACAUGCUGUUCUCUUAUCUUAUAACGUCUUUAUACACAUUGUUAUUUCACUUACUAGAGAAUUUUUAUCUUUUUAUAUAUAUCUUUUUGUCUUAUAUCUAGGUGAUAUAACCCUAGAUCCUUAGGAGCAUGUUUUUAUCUAUUUGAUAUUUAAUCUCCAUUGUUGAAUAUGAAUAUUGAGCUGAGGUACUCUAAACCACUUGGUCAUGUCUGUGUAUUACUUUUAAGGGGGUUUGUGUUCGAAAGAGAAUCCAUGCUAUGAGGUCCUUCUCCUGGGGACAGACAAUAAAGAUGAAAUAUGUUUCAUGUUCUCUACAUAA